AUGGCCUUGAAAUCUGAGGACCUCAGUAGUGGGUUCCAGCAUGGCAAAGUGAUGGCGUUCAUCAACGAGAGGAUGUCCAGGCACGCGAAAGGCCCUGAGUUCUACCUUGAGAAUGUGUCUCUGUCGUGGGAGAAGGUGGAGGACAAGCUCAGGGCCAUCUUGGAGGACCGUCUGGUGCCCAGCCAGGCCAAGGAGGCCUGUGCCUGGAGCAGCCUGGCCCUGGGCGUGCGCUUCGCCCACAAGCAGAGCCAGUUAUACAGACACAGGGUGCGGUGGCUGCACGACUUCGCCGGGCUGCACAGGUCAACCGCGCAGGCGUUGGCCUCAGACCUGAAGUUGCUCGCGGCACAGCACGAGGUGGAACGCAAGGAGGCGGCCUUCCGGCUGCAGCUGAUCCAGGCCAGCCUGGUGGAAGUGCAGAAAGAGCGGGACCUCCUGAAGUGGAAGCUCUUCAAGGCCGAGCUGAUGUCUGCCCAGGCGCCAGUCGCAGAGGGGCCAAGCCUGGCCACUGCCAGUGGGGUUGGAACAGAAGGAACAAGUGAAGAGGAGGAGGAGGCAGGGGCCACUGCUACUACUGCUGCGGCUUCUGAAGCCACAGGAGGAGGAAGACAGGAGGAUGCAGAGGGGGCGGAAGCUGCAGAGGGGGCGGAAGCUGCUGAGGGGGCGGAAGCUGCAGAGGGGGCGGAAGCUGCUGAGGGGCUUCUUGGAGUUGUAGACCAGAAAAAUUACACCUCUGGCGGGCAGAGUGAGGGAGAUUUCAGGUCAUUGGAAACAGCCAUGUAUUCUUUCUCUGGGAUGCUCAAGCCCAAGGCAACAGUCUCAGCUGAACCCCUUCCUGUCCAGCUCCCUGCCUCAUUCACAUAUUCAUACUCAUGCCCCUUAACCCCCUUCCCGGAUGCACCAACAUCAUUCCCAUCCACAUCUCCACCACAAGCACCGUUCACAGCAGGAGCUUCAUCUCAGACGUCUCCCCACUGGGGAUCCUCUGAUUUUAGCUUGUGGUCUGAUGGAGGGAUCCAGAGAAUAGACCCUCAAGAAGGAGACAGGAGCAAUUCUGAUCCCCUUCAGCAGAUAAGACUUGCAGUAUUUAGCAGGCCUGGGAUUUGGGACUGCCCUUGGUGUAAAUCUGUGAAUUUUUCACUGAGGGGUAGUUGUUUCCACUGUGGAAAUGGAGUCUGGCUACAAAGCUCCUAG